AUGUAUACAAAAAUACCUCCUGAAAAUUUCAAGCUUCAUGGAAAAGUGUAUAAGACUUGCGCAACUUGUUUGAUUAAAAAAGCUGAAAAAAGAGUUGAUAAAAAAACUGCACCCAAUCAUAAUAAUAUUGAAACAAUUAUAUUAAACAAUUUAACUGAAUAUGUUAUAGAGUUGAUAGACAGCUUUGAGAAUAACUCUGGGUUAUCUUUUACAAUAAAUGUCGAUGUCAACAUGUCUGAUCAAAAUUUCAAUAUCAAGUCAAUUGUUAAUAUGGUUGUCAACAGUAUUGAGGAAGGUGAUGGUUAUAAUUGGAAUUUUUAUAAAUCUGAUAAUAAUCAUGUUAAUUCAGCAUAUUCUUUUCUUAAAUCAGACAAAGCCACGGGUUGUGAGCUUUGCUAUGAGUUAAUGACAGAUCAAACAACUGCAAUUGGGUUUAUUACAUCCUUGUAUAACAAAAUUAAAUCAAUAUCUGAAAUUCAUUGUGACGCUACCUACAAAACUGCAAAAGGACGAUUUGAAUUGUAUGGACUUAUUUGCAAUUUUAAGGGUAUAGGGUAUCUACUGGCUUAUCUAAUUUUAGAUACUAUUAAAGUUUCUGAUAAGGAACUACAAGAUGAAAGACGAACACAUGCUUUAACUGAGUUUUUUGAUUCAAUUCGCAGUAAAGGUUUAUAUCCUGACUAUUUUUUUACAGACAAGGACUUUUCAGAAAUAAAUGUGGCAAAGAGAGUCUAG